UGUGCACAGACGACGAUGCUUAAAGCUUGUUCCAAUCGUCAGUCUCGGAUCUCAAAGUUGUUCAUUAAUAACGUGUUAGCAUCGACAACAUCUAUCAUCGCCUUUUUUCUCCUUGUGGACAUUUUCAAAUAAUUAUUGAGUACAUCGUAGUAGUUUUCCCUGUCGGUAUUUUUUGAGUUUUCUAAUCCGGAACCAUGGCUGAUUUUAUCGACUCGGAAGCUGAGGAAAGCGAGGAGGAAGAGGAAUUGACCGAAAAGGAACGUUCAAAGUUAAAAAAGAUUAAAGCUGCUGCUAUUGAUAGUGACGAUGAAGAUGAAGAUGAUGAUGAACAGAUGCAGGAGGAAUUAGGAGACCUAAUUGAUGACAAUCCAAUUGAAGAUGAUAGCAGCAGCAGUGAAAGUGAUAAUGAAACUUCUGGAGGGACUAAGCGAAAAAGAGAUGAUGAUGAUGACGAACUUGAUGACCGACUGAGUGAAGAGGAUUUUGAGUUGAUUGAAGAAAAUUUGGGUAUCAAAAUGAAGAGGAAAAAAAAUUUUGUAAGAGUCAAGCGUAUUGUGGAUGAUGAAUCUGAUGAAGAAGGUGAAGAAAGAGGAAGAGAUGCAAUUGCUAAUGAACUAUUUGAAGGCUCUGAUGGGGAAGACAGCAGGAGAGCCAUAAGUAGAACAAGACAAGAGAGAAAUGAAGAAGAAAAUUUUGAUAAAUAUUCCGAUGAAGAGGAUGAAGAUGAAGAAGAUAUCGGUGAUUUCAUCGUCGACGCUGAGGGCCAGCCUAUCCAUGGGAAAAAGAAAAAGAGAAAAGCUAUCUAUACUGACGCAGCUCUGCAAGAAGCACAAGAUAUUUUUGGGGUUGACUUUGACUACGAAGAUUUCAACCAGGAAGGGGAGGAAUAUGAAGAGGACGAAGAGGAAGAAGAAUAUGAGGAUGAAGAGGGAGUUAGAAAAAUGCGAAAGAAGCCGGGUCAGGUUGUAAAAAAGAAGUCUCAGCGCAAAACCAUUUACGAUGUCUAUGAACCUAGUGAACUUGAACGGGGCCACUUUACGGACUUCGAUGAAAAGAUCCGAAAAACCGAUAUGCCUGAACGCAUGCAACUCCGAAAUGUUCCUAUUUCUUCUGUGGAUGAAGGUUCAGCAGAAUUGGACUUGGAAGCAGAGUGGAUAUACAAGCAUGCAUUUUCCAAACCAUCAAUUUCAAAUCAGGAGGGAAAUGCAGAUGGUCGAGAAAAAGUCGUUAAAGGACCACAAACUGUCGAAAAGAUUCGCAAAGCACUUGAAUUCAUGCGCAAUCAACACUUCGAGGUACCUUUUAUCGCCUUCUAUCGUAAAGAAUACGUUCUACCUGAACUGAGCGUAAAUGACCUGUGGCGAGUUUACAAGUUCGACGAAAAAUGGACCCAAUUGCAAACCCGUAAGAAGAAUAUGAUGGGACUAUUCAGAAAAAUGCAAAAGUAUCAGUCGGAGAAGCUUACCCAAAAUUUGACGGAAUCGAUUCCGGAAAAUGUUCGUGUUCUCAAAGAUGAGGACUCCGAUAGACUGAGAGUUGUUCAAUCGAUUGAAGAGUUAAGCGACGUUUACAACCAUUUCGUCCUAUACUAUGGCGCUGACGUACCUGCCAUGCAGGAAGAACAUCGCCGUAAGGCGAGAGAAGAAGCUAAAGAACGAAGAAGCUCAGCCGCCAGAAGAAGAUUGAACGAAGACGGGGAGCCCAUUGAUGUUGAUGAUCUCGCUGAAGACCUUCGGGAUGCAGCAAACCUUGACGAGGCGUCGGCCAUCAAACAAGCGACACGAAGUGAUCUGUACUCUUUGUGUGCUAGGGCUGGCUUAGAUGGUUUAUUAAGGAAAUACGGAUUAUCUCCUGAACAAUUCGCUGAAAACAUGCGGGACAAUUACCAACGACAUGAGGUAGAUCAAACACCAACGGAGCCUUUCGAUGUUGCCCUCGAGUACGUCUCCACCAAGUUCCCAACUGCUACUGAAGUCCUUAAAGCAGCAAACUACAUGAUGGCAGUUCAAAUCGCCAAAGAGCCAUUGGUUCGUCAGUGUGUCCGCGAAGCCUUCUUUGAACGCGCCCGUAUCGAUGUUAUACCGACAAAGCAGGGUCUGAAGGAGAUAGACGAGAAUCACCAUCUUUAUCCCAUGAAAUUUCUUAAAGAUAAACCCGUGCGUGACUUAGCAGACGACCAGUUCCUCCGCCUGGUAGUCGCUGAACAAGACAAGUUGCUUACCAUUGUUUUCCAAACCAAAAUCGAAGGAGCGACUACUCCCAGUUACGUUGAUGAGGUGAAAGCAUUAUUCACCCGUGACGAGUUCAGCAAACUAGUUCAAGAAUGGAAUGAUCUGCGUAACGAAGUAAUCGAUCUCGCACUCAAUAAAUUCGUUUUCCCUGCGCUGGUCAAAGAGCUUAAGGCUAAGCUGUUAAGCGAAGCCCGAGAAUUUGUUAUGCGAGCUUGUUGCCACCAGCUUUACAACUGGCUUAAGGUUGCCCCCUAUAAAGUCGAUUUCGAUGACGAAGAAGAGUGGGACACCAAAAAUGGAAUACGAGUCAUGGCUCUCAGCUAUGUAGCGGAUCUUGAUCAAGCUGCUUUUGGUUGCCUAAUCAACGUUGAUGGAGAAUGUUCCGAUCACAUUCGUCUGGAACAUAUUCUUAAACGCAAAAAUGCUUGGAAGGAGAUUGAUCGUGCUGGGAAAGAGAGAGACUUGAAUAUGCUGCGCAAUUUUAUUUUUAGUAAAAAACCCCACGUUAUCGCCGUUAGUGCCGAGUCGCGAGAAGCUACCAUGCUGAUAGAAGAUUUGCGAGCUAUUACUGCUCAGUUAGUCGAAGACGAACAAUGGCCAAUGAUCAAUGUUGAACUGGUAGACAACAGUUUGGGCAAGGUGUUUGCGAAUUCCACUCGAGCUGAGACAGAGUUUCGUGAAUAUCCGUUACUGUUACGCGAAGCCAUCAGCAUCGCUAGAGGUUUGCAGGAUCCACUCAUUGAAUAUUCACAACUGUGUAAUACCGAUGAAGAAAUCGUCUGCCUUAAAUACCAUGAGUUGCAAGAUCAGCUGUCCAAAGAAGAGCUUUUGGAAGGACUCUAUACCGAAUUUGUUAACCGAACGAAUGAAGUUGGUGUUGACAUCAACCGUGCCAUUAACUACCCGCACACAGCUAAUCUAGUUCAGUUUGUCUGUGGCCUCGGGCCAAGAAAAGGCCAAGCGUUGAUAAAAAUCCUCAAACAAAACAACCAAAGACUAGAAAAUCGAACUCAAUUGGUCACCGCUUGUCACAUGGGUCCAAAAGUUUUCAUCAACUGUGCUGGCUUCAUCAAGAUUGACACGAAUUCGCUAGGUGACAGUACGGAAUCUUAUGUGGAAGUGCUGGAUGGUUCUCGUGUCCAUCCAGAAACCUACGAAUGGGCUCGUAAAAUGGCGGUUGAUGCACUCGAGUAUGACGACGAAGAUGCAAAUCCUGCCGGCGCUGUUGAAGAAAUUCUCGAAGCUCCCGAGCGCCUCAAAGAUUUGGAUUUGGAUGCUUUUGCGGAUGAGCUUGAACGACAAGGUUUCGGCAACAAACGAAUUACUUUGUACGAUAUUCGCUCGGAAUUGAAUCAUCGUUACAAGGAUGGUCGACCAUCAUAUCAAGCACCUUCUCCCGAAGAAAUCUUCAACAUGGUUACGAAGGAAACACCGCAAACUUUUUUCAUCGGCAAGCUGGUAAUGGCAACUGUCACAGGCUUUCAACACCGUAAACCCAAGCGAGAGGAACUGGACAGAGCGAAUCCAAAUAGAAACGAAGCUACCGGUCUUUGGCAAUGUCCAUUUUGCCUACAGAAUGACUUCACUGAUCUAUCGGAAGUUUGGAAUCACUUUGAUGCCGGAUCUUGUAGUGGUCAAGCGAUCGGUGUGCGUGUUCGUUUGGAGAAUGGAUUGUCGGGUUUUAUUCCAAUGAAGUGCCUGUCUGAUUCUGAAGUGACUAAUCCGGAAGACCGCGUUCGUCCUGGCCAGACAAUCCAUUGCCGCAUAACGAAAAUCGAUGUCGAACGCUUCUCAGUAGCGGCAACCUGCAAAUCUUCUGAUUUGAUGGACAAAAACGGCGAAUGGCGCCCACCAAAGGAUGCCUACUACGACACAUCGGCUGAGGAGGCCAUAGUGCGGGCGGAAGAGGAUUCCAAGAAGCUCAAACAUCGCCAAAGCUACACGAAACGUGUUAUUGUUCAUCCGUCUUUCAAGAAUAUCGGUUUCAAAGAAGCAGAGAAACUGAUGGCAUCAAUGGAUCAAGGCGAAGUCAUUGUUCGGCCGUCAAGCAAAGGAACCAAUCACUUGACAGUCACAUGGAAGGUCGGUGAGGGCAUUUGUCAACAUGUCGACAUUAGAGAAGAAGGCAAAGAAAAUGCUUUCAGUCUCGGUCAGUCACUCAUGAUCAAUGACGAAGAAUUUGAAGAUCUGGACGAAAUCAUUGCUCGUCAUAUUAAUCCAAUGGCUGGCCAUGCCCGAGACCUUUACGCUUUCCGCUAUUUCCGCGAUUUGGGCAUCUCGGAAGAGAACUAUGCACCUGGCAAAGAACGUGAGCGUGCUGAAGAAAUAAUCAAGGAUGACAAAAAGAAAAAUCCUGCAAAGAUCCAUUACUUUGUUUCGGCUUCUCGUGAAUUUCCCGGCAAGUUUAUGCUGACAUAUUUGCCACGGACAACAGCCAAGCAUGAAUACAUCACUGUUACGUCGGAAGGAUUCCGUUUCCGAGGACAAGUCCACGACAGCUUAGCUUCUCUCUUCCGGUGGUUUAAAGAACAUUUUAGAGAUCCCAUUCCUGGCACUCCAUCUUCACGUGCCGGGGGUGGUGGCCAUCACACUUCGGGUAGUUCGUCUCGUACACCUGGCUAUGGUGGAACUGGAACGACCCCGAAUGUUAAUCCAGAGACGCUGCAUCGUGUAGCUCAAUCAAUACCGGCUAACAUGCUUCAUUCCCUUAGUCAAGUUGCACAUUUCCAAGGAACUCCAACGCCCUUCGGCUACCCUGCGAAUACUCCAUACACACCAUCGGGGCAGACGCCUUUUAUGACCCCCUUUGCCACAACUCCUCAUCAACCGCAGACCCCACGCUAUUCCGGUGCUCCCGCACCAAAUGCUGCACCUUCGGCAGGAGCUUCGCAGGGCACUUUCAGGACACCUGCUGCUCCAGGCGCACACAGAGGAUAUGGAUCACAGAAUCAUUCAUCGUCACCGUUCAACCGUCAAUCUAGUGGCUCCAAUCGACCAAGUUCUCAAAGUUCAUCCAGAGGAGCUUCCGAAUCGUGGGAUGCAGUUGCUGAUGAUUGGGGGCUUGGAAGUACAGCUAACGGCUCCAAAACCUCUACGUCUCGAUCUGCAGCACCUGCUGGCAGCGAACCUGAUGAUUGGAACGCGGCAACGAACGCUUGGGGCUCUGUUACCUCUAAUCGAACAGCGGCAAAGACGACACCUAAUUCAAGACCAUCUGCAAGCGGUGCUGCUGCCGCAGGUGAUGAUUGGGGUGCUUCCGCCGAUGCCUGGGCAUCUUCUGGGGGCAAUUCUACCUCUCGCGGAAGAACAACACCAAGCGCGAGCAGAGCCGGAGCGAGCACAGAUGACUGGGGUGCGUCAAGUAAACCAUCAGGAUCGUCUUCUAACCCAUCCACACCCAAAACCAAUUCUUCUUCGAAAAGUGGAGGUAGCGAAGACUGGGGAGCUAAAGCUGACGCCUGGGCUUCCUCAAAGGGAAGAACAACCACCAGUUCUAGCAAAGGAGACGAUUGGGGAAGCUCUGGCAGCUCUAGUAGUCCAUGGGCCACGGGUGCUAAUGCCGCUCCAAGAGGAGGAAGGACUCCCUCUCGUGGUGGGUCGAAAUCUAGUACGUCUGCCAGCAGUCAGUCGACAGCGGUGGACGAUUGGGGUUUAUCCAACGACACACCGGCUGCACCGCCUGCUACAACCACGCCACGUAGUGGGGCAUCAACUGCAAACGACGACUGGGCAUCCGAAGCCGAUGCUUUUGCGUCCGGUAGCAAAUCUACAACCCCGCGAGCUGCACCGACUCCGAGUUCAUCUGGUGCUGAUGAGUGGGCUAGCGGAAGUAGCUCCAAAGCAUCAACGACGCCUAGCGCUACCAAGGCAGAUGAUCCAUGGGGUAGCAUAAGUAGCACUAGUGGCAGUGGUGGAGGAGGAUCGUACGGUUCCAGAGGAACAGGAGGAUCGUAUGGCUCCCGAGGAGGCGGUAGAGGGGGUGGAGGAGGAGGAGGAGGUGGAAGGCCGUGCUAUAAUUGCCAGGAAGAAGGACAUAUGUCGAAAGAUUGUCCCAAACCCAGAGCAGGAGGUGGCAGGGGACGAGGAGGAGGAGGAGGCUCCGUGUCUUGCUAUAACUGUAACGAAGAUGGACAUCUGUCAAGAGAUUGUCCUAAGCCUUCCACCAGAGGUGGUGGUAGAGGAGGGGGUUCCGUGUCCUGUUACAAUUGUAAUGAAGACGGACAUAUUUCAAGAGAUUGCCCGAAGCCGUCCAGUCGAGGGGGAGGUAGAGGUGGAGGUGGAAGCCGUGCUUGCUAUAGGUGCAAUGAAGAAGGGCACAUGUCAGUAGAUUGUCCCAAAGGAGGAGGAGGCAGAAGCGGCAGCAGCCGUUCCCGAUCUAGUACCGCCUCUGCUAAUGACGAUAGGGGAUCCACCUCCAGCCCAUGGGCUACGGGAGCCAAUGCAGCCCCCCGAGGAAGUGGAAGAGCAUCGUCAAGUGCUAGCAAAUCAAAUGAUGAUGAUUGGGGGGCUUCUGUACCUCCUAGAUCAGGUGACAGAGCAUCGCCAAGUGCCAGAAAAUCAAACGACGAUGACUGGGGAAUCCCUGCACCUCCUUCUGGAGCCGGCAGAUCUACACCAAGUGCAAGAAAAUCAACCGAUGAUGACUGGGGAGCUGCCGCUGACUCUUGGGCUUCGACCACUGGGAAGAGUGGAGGAGAUAAAUCUCGGUCAAGCAGAAGCGCGGCGGCUCCUGCUUCUUCAGGUGAUUCGUGGGACACUGCGGUGACCUCUAAAGGAUCUGCAUCAAGAGGGGACGAUGAUUGGGGCACUUCUAUCAGCGCACCUGGAACUACGCCACGAUCUAGUGAUGGUCGAAGAAGUUCCCGCCAGGGCGGUCGCAGUCCCCGUCAAAUGGAAAUGGGUGACGCCACGCCGCUCUACGAUGAAUGACCGCUCCAACACUUAAUAACUAUUAGCAUUAGAUUCUUUUGUUCCCUUUGCUCAUAUCGUUUCAUUCGUAUUCACUCCCCUAAUCAUGCUUUGCGAAAAACCGUCACUAGUAUCGAACUGGGUACGGGAAAAAAAAAGGUUUUGAUACUUGAAAAUUGAAUACAAAGGACAUGUAUUUGCACUUGCGAUUAUGUUAUAUCACAUUAAAUUUUUGCUGGUA